GUGCAGCUGUCAAUGCAUCUUCACGCUGCUCGGUUCUCAAAACUACAACUCCCAGUUUUACCCUAGCACGGCCUUUCAUUGGCUAUUGCGUGCAGAAUGAAUGAAAUUGUACAGUAUUGUGAUAUUAGAGGGGCUGCAGUGUUCCUGCCUAAUACCCAGCAGCACCAUGAACACAGCCCUCCACAACCCCUUAAAAUCGCUCGGAGAAGACUUUUACAGAGAGGCGAUAGAACACUGUCGAAGUUACAACGCCCGACUGUGUGCAGAGAGGAGCAUGAGACUGCCCUUCCUGGACUCUCAGACUGGAGUGGCCCAGAACAACUGCUACAUCUGGAUGGAGAAAACACACAGGGGUCCAGGUUUAUCUCCAGGACAGAUCUACACAUAUCCUGCUCGCUGUUGGCGGAAGAAGAGGCGGUUGGAUAUUUUGGAGGACCCUCGCCUAAGGCCCUGUGAGUUUAAACUUGACUAUGAGGUACCCCUGAAGAAGGAAAGUAGUUUGCCUGAGGGUCCAGUCCUAGAAGCCUUGCUGUGCGCUGAGAGUGUGGACAAGAAGUUAGAGCUCAAAGAGGAGGAGGCUGUCAGUGAUUGUCAGAAACCACAGAUCGGGGAGAUCCCUCAUGAACUGGAGGGUGAAGAUCUUGAUGACGAUACCCCAAAACGCAAGAAUAGAACUAAAGGAAAGGCCUGUGGAAUUGGAGGCAUGAAAAAAAGACAGGACCUCUCAACUUUAGAAGAUAGAGACAAACCCUACGUCUGUGACAUUUGUGGAAAGCGUUAUAAGAACCGUCCUGGACUGAGUUACCAUUACACACACACUCACCUGGCUGAGGAGGAGGGAGAAGAGAAUGCUGAGAGAUAUCUCAUCCCAUUCCAUAGGAAAAAUAACCAUAAACAUUUCUACAAAGAACUCAACUGGGUCCCUGAAAUGCAAACAAGGCACACAGUUAAGAAAGCUCCUGAUGGCUCUGUCAUUGCCAACGGUUAUUGCGAUUUCUGCCUAGGAGGUGCAAAGAAGACAGGCUGUCCAGAAGACCUCAUUUCAUGUGCAGACUGUGGGCGCUCUGGUCACCCCUCCUGUUUACAGUUCACAGUUAAUAUGACUGCGGCUGUCCGGACUUAUCGUUGGCAGUGUAUUGAGUGCAAAUCCUGUAUUCUGUGUGGAACAUCGGAGAAUGAUGAUCAACUUUUAUUCUGUGAUGACUGUGACCGAGGAUAUCACAUGUACUGCUUGAGCCCCCCAAUGUCUGAGCCUCCAGAAGGAAGUUGGAGUUGUCAUUUGUGCCUGAGACAACUGAAGGAGAAAGCAUCAGCUUACAUAACCCUGACCUAGAGGGACGCAGAGCUAUGAGAACAAAGAACCUUUCAUUGCGUCCCCCAGCCUGGCCCUCUUCAGUACCAGAAUUCCCUGCUUCUUUCACAUCAAGACUGUUCUCCUGGCCCCUCUUCAAGCCAACGUGGGUUCAGACUAGCUUUCAUAGCUCAGCCAUUUAAGUGUUGAAAUGAUAUAGACCUCUCUGUUUCUUUUCUUUUUUGAGAUAAGAUGUCACUAUCUUUCCUUUGUAAUAGAUGCAUAAACAUAGUUACAGGGAUAUCCUC